CAUAACAUGACUCGAUGCCAUGCGAUUUAGGGUUUCGUACUCAACGCAUUUCUUCAAUUUCUGCUUGUAUCAGAUCUCUGAUCUGUUUUCUUAUUCCUUCUUUAUUUUGUUUGAAUUUCAUGUUUCUUAGGUGAAGUAAUCAAGAGAGCCUGAAAAUCCCAAAGUAGAAAUAAAUUGGCAUGGCAGGGAAAGCUGGUGGUUCGGUGGCUAAGGCAGUAGCAGAAUAUCAAUAUCCUUGGCGUGAGAAGUUAGUGAAGUAUAAGGAUGAACUGGCCAAGGGUGUUUGGGGAUACUGGGAGCUAGGGGCAUGGAAGCCACUCAGUAUCAGUGCUCGCCGAAGAGCUAGACUUCGCAAGGAAGUCCUUCUUGCUGGGGAAGAUUGGCACUAUGAUCCUGAAAGGAAGGAGAUGAAAACCAGGAGGAAGGGACAUAUAUGUGAUAGGAUAGCCGCGGAGAAAAGGGCAAACACGGCUAGGCUGAUGGAGAAGAUGCCACAAAUGUUGCUGGACUACAAGAAGAGAAGGUGGCAGAAGAAGAUGAAGGAAGAAGAUAAAAGCAAACUUUGAUUUUGCUAUUUUACAAUGGCAUUCUCUGUGGUUAUAUGUUCCAUUAGUUUGGAAGGGUUUAUCACGGACUGUGAUAUGAGAAAUGGAUUUACUCAUGCAAUGCUAUGCUGCACUUGCUUUUGGUUUUGUGGUAAGGAGUUUUUGGGCUUAAUGGAUGAUUAACUUUUGUUAAUGUAUUUCAUCCCAUAAUAACCCCGUACAAGAGUAUGGCCUUAUGAUUGUCAGGGUAAAAAAAGGCUUGCUCCAAUGGAAGUUUCUGUUAUAUUGUUUUGGAUCUGCAUGGAUGAGAGCAUGUUGGAACUUGUAAAUUGCUAAUUAGGCACCCAGUGUAUGUUGAUUGUUGACACCAUCUUGUUACGUUGUUGAAACUUAAAAAUG